AUUUCCGCCCCUGUCAUCUUGGACAGUUUGGAGCCCGGAUGCGCCGCCAUGCCGACUCUAUCAGCGAAUGGAAUAAUUUAUUCACCAACCUGCCUGCCACUGGGCGACUAGAGUUCACUGAAGAAGUCGACAAGACAGUUUGGAGGGCAGAGGAGCCCCUAACUGCGGGAUGACUAGUACGGGAUACCCGCGCUGUGUUUACUUGUUUUUUUGCGUUGCUUGCCACCGUUGUAUUGAUGUAGCUAGGAACACUUGAGUGCUAGCUACGCUAACGUUAGCUCGAGUCGAGAGAGUGCGCGGUAGUGACAGUCCGGCCGGAGGCGGGGAGAACUGUGAGGUGAUACUGUUAGUUUGAUGGUGACUACACUAAACUGUUGACUGUAUGCGUAGAGAUAGGCAUCUGGUAGAUAGUAUCACUUUUAUCAAUCACGAUUUUAGGGGGGUUCAGGCAGCAGCACAUCGAGCUGGGUAGUUGACUGUUUGUCUAGUAUCGGCUUUUUGGCCGGAGUGGAGCUGAACGUUUAGUCGACGUUUCAGUCUUCUGGCCCGCAAUAGAGAAGCUAAGAGCUAGCUUGCUAACUAGAUAACUGUCCAACACAGGGAGGACUCCUAAACUUUUCAGAUCCAGAAUAAUUUCCAUGUCUGCAUCAGUCCUGACAACCAGAAGUGAUGUCUGUUGAUGAGGAUACUGUAAAAACUGGCAGUCCACAGGCCAGCUCAACUUCAUCUCUGCAGCUAUCAGAAUGUACUGGAGGAUACAGCAAUAUAACUGUGAUGGUGGAGGGUACUGCUGCCACCCCUGAUUUUGCAGCUGCUUGUCCUGUCUCAGGCCCUGAAGCCUCUCCAAAACACAUCAGCGCGACUGAUGCGCUUACCCAUUCAGAUGAUGCUGGACAGGGAGCCAGAGGGAACGAGAAUAACAUCAAUCGCAGGAACAGCUUUCAUCAUUCCAAACAACAGCAACAAACAAAACUAACAAAGCGCCGCUACACAGCAACCGCUAGUUUCAAGCAUCCGACAUCUGGCAAGAGGAGACGAAGGGCCAACUCUGAGAGUGACUCCGUCCUGCCUACCAACUUCCUCCUGGGUGGGAACAUUUUUGACCCACUGAAUCUCAACAGCCUGUUGGAUGAGGAGGUCAACAGGGCACUCAAUGCAGAGACGCCCAAAUCCUCCCCGCUGCCAGCGAAGAGUCGGGACCCUGUGGAAAUCCUCAUUCCCAGAGAUAUCACAGAUCCACUGAACCUGAACAGCGGGAUAGCAGGCAGCAGCUUUUUGGUGUCCCCCUUCAAAAGUGGUGGCAGGAAGAGACACCGCAACAGACACCAUGGAGGAGGAGGAGGUGGGGCUGGAGGAGGAGGUGGGGCUGGAGGAGGAAGUGGGGCUGGAGGAGGAGGAGGAGGAGGAGGAGGAGGAGGAGGAGGAGGAGGUGGGAUUUCAACCACACAGAUCAACCUCUCAGAAUCAGGAAAAAGUGAGGUUAAAACUGGCACCUCCACACUGCUUCCAGGUAUGUUAGCUUCAUGUUCUGCACUAGAUGUCUCCAAAGAGUCCAACAGUUUCUCCAGUGUCGCAGGGGAUUCCCAUGAGCACUCAGCUGACAAUUCAGCCAGCUGCAAGGAGGAGAUGACAUCUGUUUCUAUCGAGGAUUCCACUUCCUCCACAUCGGGGGCACCAAACCAGCACACAAGCAGACGCAAGCGUAGGCGCAACUCUGGCAAAAUGGAAGCCCCUGUGACCCAUUCUACGCCAAUUGGAAAGUCAGUAUCUGUAGACAGGAGUUGUGGUACAUCAAGAAAUUCCCAGUCCUUCCACACACCAAGGAGUGGUCCCAAAACAGGGCCAGGAGGUCGACAGCACCAGCAGCCCCACACCCAGGCGAAGGAGCAACAGAAGAAGUUCCAGUAUGGGAACUACAACAAGUAUUAUGGCUACCGCAACCCAGGCGCUAGUGAAGACGCACGGGUACGUGUGCUUCGUCCCGAAUGGUUUGAAGGUAAAGACGUUCUGGAUUUGGGGUGCAACUCAGGCCACCUAACACUCUAUAUUGCCAAAAUGCUAAGACCUGCCCGCAUAUUGGGCCUGGAUAUUGACAGUGGUCUGGUACAUGCAGCUCGUAAGAACAUCAGACAUUAUCUGUCUGAACUGCAGACCCAAGAGGCUAGGCAUGCGAUGCAGGAGAAAAAGAGCACUAAGCAGGCAAGGAAUGGAAAUGAGAGUCUCACAGGCACAGACAAGAAGCACAAUGAAGCCGAGAGCAGGGAUGAAAACGGUAAACCUGUGAAAGGAGAAAGUGGCCCUGCAGAGGCUGCAAAUGACAAUGACUCCUGUCACACAGAUGAGGCGGGGACCCAGAGACAGAGCGACAAAACAGAGGAAAUGGAGCAGGAAGCGUGUGAUUCACCCCCUGUUGAUCACUCUGUGAGCUGCUCUUUUCCCGUGUCCCUACGGAUCUCCAGGGGGCCCAUUGCUGCACCUCCACUAACAGAAACAUCCACCACACGGCCCGGAGAGUUCCCCUCAAAUGUGUCCUUCAUCAAGGCCAAUUAUGUACUGGAGAACGAUAAUCUUCUUUUGACUCAGCGUCCAGAGUACGACGUGAUCCUGUGCCUGAGCGUUACCAAAUGGGUUCACCUGAACUGGGGAGACAGUGGCCUCAUGCGGCUCUUCAAGAGAGUCUACAAACAUCUCCGUCCUGGAGGCAUGUUCAUUCUGGAGCCACAGCCCUGGGAGUCCUAUGUGAGGAGGAAGAAGCUGACGGAUAAUAUUAGCAGGAACUUUCACAGCAUCCGCCUCAAACCUGACCAGUUUUCAUCGUACCUUACAACAGAGGUGGGCUUCACAAGUUCGGAGUACCUUGGGGCCCCAAAGUGUUCAAUAAGAGGUUUUCAGAGGCCAAUCUACUUAUUUCACAAAUGACCGCUCCUGCCUUGAAGAUCACUGAAUGUGAGUAGCCUAAGCCACCACCAUACAUAGAAGCCAGCCAGCUGCCCUGGACUGCAAGGAAUCAUCUUUGUCCUUAACAGUUACUCCAGCUUUUCAGAUGCUGAAGAUGAAAUUCAGAAAUGAGAAUCGGACCAAAGUGGAAUCAAUUUCGUAAAGAUGAGAUGUGUCGAGAAGAGGUAUCUAUCAGAAUCCUCUGUGACUACAAAUUCUUAAAGAGUAUGGAGUGAACUUGGAUCAGACUCCACAGUGUUUAACCUGGACAUCAUAGCUGGGCCAGACUGUAGAAGAGGUGCUUAGCUGAUUCUUUCCUUGGACCAUCCUAGUGCUAAUGAUGCUCCAGUUUGAUGCAAGGCCAUAACGUGUUUGAAAAUCUUUGGCCAUAUAUCUUUACUUUCAAAACUUUGUUUUCAUAACUGUUCUGUGCCACCGCAUCAACAUAAAGUUUACAUAUUAGGGUUGGGCAAUAGGGCAGACUUUUUCCAAUUGGCCAGCAUAUCCACGUUAAGUGGUGAUUGAUGGUGUGUUCACUACAUUAGCUCCAUGUGACCAACUGUGUGUCGCACUUGCAAAACAGCAGUACACCACUGGAUUCCAAAGCCAUUACACGGAUCAUACUGAUCAUGAUGUCUUUUAAAAAGCCACACUGGAGUGCAGGUGAUGUGCUUUAUGCUGUGUAGGACACUAUGCAGGUUAUGAAUGAAGCCUCAUAUUGCCAGCUCCAUUACAAUUACUGAUGACAUAGAAAUUGUGCUCUUUGUGGUUACAUAUCUGCAUCAUUUUUGAAGCCUUGAAUCCCGUUGUGGUGGACGUAUAAACGCAAAUAUUUUGGUGAAUUUGAAACAGCCAAACAAAUUACAUCAGCCAUAGAUUGUGUAUAGCUGAUAUAUCUGUCCCAUUUUCCAACCCUAAUAUAUAGUUUGUUUUGUCAUUUUUUUUUGCAAAAUAGGCCUUAGAGCUGAUUUAACUUUAAUAUGUUACAGAGCUGUGAAAAUGUUGUAAGUCCACAUUUUGCCAUGGACAGUAUGAAAAGCUCCUAAAUUGCACAAACCUAAGACGCUAUGAAGUGAAAAGUGGCUUGUCUGAGUGAUAAAGACAAUAAUGCACGAUGAGAAAGGUGCACUGAAAACAGCCAAAAACAUACAAAACAGAACAGCCAUCCAGUAAACUGCCUAAACUAAACUACAACUAGUGAAAGCUUACCCAGUGCCCAGCCAGCAUGUUUUCAAGGUCUCUUGUCUUUUUUUUUUUUUUUUCUUUUAACAGUCAGUUCCUUAAAAACUGUCAUGAUGAAUGUCAUCAAAUAUUAGAUCGGUUGUUAUGACAUGGGAAAGUACAUAGUUUACUCAGGCCUACUAGCACUGGGAAGAGUACUUUAUAUGGUACCUCAAACCUGACCUCAGCUAAAAUGGAAAAAAUGGAAAAAUCAGAUAUCUACAUUUUCAAGAAAACAGUUUUGGCUUUUUGAAUGUAAACCUUCAGGCCUGUGUAAUUUUACUUGAGAGUUUGGACUGUUUAGGAAGCAACAAAUCACUUCUUGGGUUUUUUAAGCCUUUUCAAUGCUCCAUCCUAAUGGUAGGGGGCACAUUUAAGCUGUGCUGACACCCAGGUGUUGGCUCAGCUCAAUAAUUUAGCACAGAAACCACAAGGACUGUUUAGUAAGGUAAAUCUGUAGCAUGCAGUGAUCAAAUGUAUAUUUUUUAAUGACAGUUAAGCCAUAGCCCUACCUUUUUAUAUGUUGUUUACAAUGUCUACAAUGAGGCAGAGGGCUGUCAUUAGAGAGUUGCUACAGCGUCUUCAGUGAUGUAUAAAUCCGAAACAUGCAUUGUUUUGUGUGGUCUGAUCUUCACCACUGGACAGGCAUUAAUUCAAACAGCAUCAGAAUCACUUUCGAGCUCCUGAGUUGAAAUCAACUUCUGUAAGACGGAACAAAAAUUUACAUUUGUAGAAAAUGGAUUGUUAGUAAAAUUUCCAUAUGACUUUUUACCAUUUGAAAUAUUAAUAGGCUGUUUGUAUUGAAGCUCUGCCGAACUAUUUUAUGGGUAGUUAGUCUUUGUGACUAUAUCUUUACUGGUGUGCGCACUGAGCAUCGCUCAUCUACAACCUUUCAUUGUAAGUGGCUGGGACUAAAAAGCUUCCUUUUUUGUGACUGGUUCAAUUACAGCAUUUGGCAUACUAGAGUAGGAGAUGAUGGAGAAGGAUGGAUGAUAGUUUUCUAUUUUAGUAAGUGAUCAAUGUAAAUAAGUUUGCAAAUUUUGUUUUACUGUUGUCAAUAUUAAGUUCAUAACUGCUUUUGUCAUUUUCCAGUUUUUUUUUUUUUGGUGUGUUUUCAAAUGUUCUCUGCCAAUUUGUGAGUGAGUCAGAGUUUUUGUCCUAAAACAAACUGCUAAUCCAGCUCUGUAACAACAAAUGAAUAUGUACAUUGCAAUGUUCUGAUGUGUUUGCUUUGUUCUGUCCUGGCAGGCACAUGGAUUGUUAGAUUGGCUCUUUAUUUUUUUAUAAACCAUUUGAAAGGA